UCCUUCAAACACAAUUAAAUACUUUUUUUAUAAAUACUUUCUUUUCAAAUAAAUAUCUAACAAAUACCUUUUUUUCACACACAAAUAAAUACCUUUUUUUUCACGCGUAAGUAAAUAUCUUUUUUUCACGCGCAAGAGAAAUACCUUUUUUUCACGCGCAAGUAAAUACUAAGACGGAAAAAAAAGAUAUAUCAACAUCAAGAACUGUAUUUACUGCCUUUGGACAACAUAUGGGUAAUGUGUUUCAUUAGCUAUUAAAAACUUGUUUAGCUUGUAUAGGAAGUAAUGAAUACUCAAAAUACCGCCGAACUUACCGCUCCGGAAAACUCUUCUCUUGAAGCCUCUAUUCACGCUCCAGCUUCUGGUUCCGUUUCUUCUCAUUCUCCUGCGGAUCCCUCUUCUACUACUAGAGCUCCUUCGAUAGUGGACAAGCUAACACUAAACGAGGCUAGGGGUUUAUGUGCUCGUAGUGAUCCCCAAGCUGAUCCAUAUGGAAGGGAAGGCCAGGUUCCCGUUGGAAAUGACACAUAUCUCCUAUGCCAUGUCACUUACUUAGUAAUUGUUAUUGAAUACUAUAUGAGUCCAUUUACCAUAGAUCCUAUGAUGGCCACAUGGGUGUCCUGGGUUCCCUGUGUCUUAACGUUGGCGCCAGGUGUAAUUCUUACUUCUUAUGCAAUUAUGGCUAUUAAUCAGGGUAAUUCUGAAGGGAGUUGAAGAAUUGAACUGGGAUAUAGAUUUUUACUCCCAUAGACAAAUAGAACUUUUCAAUUAUAGAGUUUUUCUUCUCUUUUAGUUUUAUUUUUGGUUUUUUUUUCUUUUUAUUCUUGUUGUUUUCUUUUUUCCUUUUAAUUAUAGAUGUAACUAUUUUUUCUUUUUCGUUUCUCAUUCUGUUUGGGGUUACAUUUAAUAUCGACUUA